AUGAUGGCCCUCUGGUUGGUUGCACCCGAACAGGGUAACUUUCUCGUCUUUCUCAAUUAUGUUUUACGUGUCACCGAGAUGGGGAACCAUGGUUGGGGCCGAGCUUUGCGCCUCGACCGUCGACAUCGCGAAUCUGUCAUCACCCGUAUGGCAGCAGACAAGAGUCUCACCAUUUAUGAUAUGUUUGAGGAUGAUGUCGUCACGGCUAACUUUGCUAAAGCCACCUUGGAGUACGAGACCAGUAACGGUAAAGAUAAGAAAAAGGAUGCGUCGGCGAAGGGUUCCCAACCGCGCAAGAGAUGGAGAAAGUCCAGUUCUUGGUGGGGUUCGGAUUGGUAUUCCGAGAAGCCUGCUGGUGCUGCUGCCAAGACUGACAAGUCUUCUAAAUUCAAGCCUGACGACGAGAAGAAGAAGUAA